CACACACACACAUACAUAAACACAGUGUCUCUCUUUAAAAGAGAAUCUGCACUUCAUAAAGUCAAGCAUUAUGACCUCCCUUCUUUAUAUUUACAUCAUGUGGAUUUCAAGUAUAGGCUUCCUCACAGCAGACUCUCAGAUAUCAGCUCGAGUGGGUUCCACAGUUAUCCUGCCGUGUGAGUGGAGAGAUGUCCAUCUCCAGAUACCUCAUGUUCAGUGGAACACAGUUUCUGAGACUGUGUUUGAGAGAAAGGGUGUGGAGCUGUACGUGGGUGAGGGAUAUCAGGGCCGUGUGGACGUUCCUCAAGACAAGCUGCUUAAAGGAAACUGUUCUCUGGUGCUGAAGAACGUCAGACUCAGUGAUGCAGGCGUCUACGAGAGCUACCUGUCUGUGAGGCGCAGGAAGAGAGCCAGCUCUACGAAAUGGGUUUUAGUCCAGUGGCUCAAGCUCUCAGUCGAUGAGAAUCAGCUGGAAACUUCAUCUGCCAGUGAAACUCCUCUACAGGACCUUUCAGAAAGGUUAAACAGCACAGAUGAUGUUGGAGUGAAUCGUCCUCGACCAGUCAUCAUCCUCUUUCAUCUUCUUUUAUGUUUCCUGAUGCUUGGAUUCUGUGUGUAAACAUCAGGAGAGUAGGUUUAGAUUAGAUUAGAUUAGAUUAGAUUAGAUUCAACUUUAUUGUCAUUACACAUGUACAAGGCAACGAAAUGCAGUUUAUGUCUAAACAGAGUGCAAUAGCAGCAAGUGCAGGAUAUACAGACUUUACAAGAUUUAAAUAAGUUAAAUAAAGUGGUAAUAUGGAAGUAAUUUACAGAUGUGUGUGUACUAUGAACAGAAUAUACAAAUGGCAAUAACUAUAAACUGAAAUUUACAAAAUAUAUGGCUAUUACUAUAAACAGUAAUUUACAGAUGUGUAUGUACUAUGAAUAUAAUAUACAGAUUAAUAUAUAUGUGCUAUGGACAUAAUAUAUUGCUGUUACUAUAAACAGAAAUCAGGUGGAUAUAUACAGGUUACAUCAGAUACUGCUGUGAUGUAAACGAGGACAGAAGGUCACUCAUUUCAG